AUGGAGGCGGGCUUCCAAUGGUGGAGCCGACCGGGCUCCUUGGUCCUGUACGUCGUCGUCGUCGUCCUGUCCGCGGCCGUGUCGUCUGAGGCCAACAUCGGCGAGUUCGACGACUACUGGCGGCAGCGCAAGCUCAUGGCGGACGCCGCCGCGGAGGCCACCUACAAGCACGAUCCGGUGGAGGUCGCCAACCAACUCAACCGCGCCGUCCACAGAUCGGUUGAGAAGGAGGAGAUCAGCGUGAGGAGGGAGAUGAUGGCUCAGAAGAAGAAGGGCAACAAGCACAAGGGGCCGUGCCUGGCGACGAACCCGAUAGACCGGUGCUGGCGGUGCCGGCAGGACUGGGCGACGGACCGGAAGCGGCUGGCGCGGUGCGCGCAGGGGUUCGGGCGGAACACCACCGGCGGGCUGGCCGGCAAGUUCUACGUGGUGACGGACGGCACCGACGAGGACGUGGUGAACCCGCGGCCGGGCACGCUGCGGUGGGCCGUCAUCCAGUACGAGCCGCUGUGGAUCACCUUCGCCAAGACGAUGAUCAUCUCGCUCAAGGAGGAGCUCAUCAUCCGCGGCGACAAGACCAUCGACGGCCGCGGCGUGCAGGUGCGCAUUGCCAACGGCUCGCAGCUGACGGUGCAGUUCGCCAACAACGUCAUCAUCCACAACAUCCACAUCCACGACCUCGUCUCCUCCAACAAGAACGGCGGCAACAUCCGGGACUCGCCGGACCACUUCGGCUGGCGCACCGUCUCCGACGGCGACGGCAUCACCGUCUUCGGGUCCACCAACGUGUGGCUCGACCACCUCUCGCUCUCCAACUGCCAGGACGGCCUCAUCGACGUCAUCGCCAAGUCCACCGGCGUCACCAUCUCCAACUGCCACAUGACCAACCACAACGACGUCAUGCUCUUCAGCUCCAGCGACAGCCACCCGGAGGACCAGAUCAUGCAGAUCACCGUCGCCUUCAACCACUUCGGCAGAGGACUCGUGCAGAGGAUGCCCAGAUGCCGGUGGGGAUUCUUCCACGUGGUGAACAACGACUACACGCACUGGCUCAUGUACGCCAUCGGCGGCAGCAAGGCCCCGACCAUCAUCAGCCAGGGCAAUCGGUACAUCGCGCCGCCCAACCUCGCCGCCAAGCAGGUGACCAAGCAGCACGACGCGCCGGAGUCGGUGUGGAAGAACUGGGUGUGGCACUCGGAGGACGACCUCUUCAUGGACGGCGCCUACUUCACCGUCACCGGCGGCCAGAUCAACCGGCAGUUCAACAAGAAGGACCUCAUCAAGCCCAAGCCCGGCUCCUAUGUCACCAGGCUCACGCGCUUCAGCGGCUCCCUCGACUGCAGGCCCGGCAAGCCCUGCUAG